AUGAGAUCGAACUCAGAACCGCCUGUAAGGGAUUCUGCAAUCAACCCUUUUUACUCUGACAAAAACAAGAAGGAGUUAGCACUGCUGGCUAGUCGACCCAAAGCUCUGCCCGAACAGUCGCCUGGGUCAGAUGCGCUGCCGGUCCACUAUGGCGAUCCAUACACAGGUCAGUGUGUGGGCAAAGGCCGUGGAAGUGGAGGACAGGUGUCUGGAAAGCCUUGUUUUGCUUCUCCGGUUGGUAGGGGUUUGGAUCAGAAUCAUGGCGAUGAUGGGCAUGAGAGACAUGGGACGGUGAAACAGUCCGAAGGUAUGAUGCCAAGUAGCGGAGAUGUCGGUUUGACAUCCAUGGGCCGGGUUAGACAUGAAUCUGGUCAGCCUGUAGAUGAACUUCAGCGGGCACUAGAAGCUGAGGUGGUCAGUCAUCUCAGGACUCAGAAUGCACAGCUCAUGGAAGAGGUCGAGAGGCUUAGGAAACAACAGUCUCAACAGGGCAUGUCUGCUGCCUCUUCAUGGUCGGAAGUUGGGGGAGAUUUGAAUGGGAAACUUUCUGGAAAGAAUGAUGAGGGAGAUCGUGGGAAGAUGGGUUUCAAAACUCCUAGAAGUUCAGCUGAGUUGAUGGGUGGUGCGCAUGGGGCUCGUUUCACACCGAAUGGAACCCGGGUUUUCAUCCCGCCACGGGUCCACCAGAGUUCAAGGGUUUUCCAGAAGAGCCCACUGACCUGGGGCGACCUGAUCCGAAUCUGGCUGAACGGAUUAGUCGCUUGCAUCCUGGAGAUGCCCCUGGUCAAUUGCGUGGCGGAAGUGGUGAGCCUGCUCUACAAGAUCGGGCUCGCAUGGACAUGGAUGAUGGCGAAGUUCAACGUCACUUGCUUGGCAGAAGUGGCGAUCAUGCUCUACUGGGUCGGGCUCGCUCUAGCAUGGGUGGGGGAGAAGUUCCACGUCCUUUGCUUGGCGGAAGCGGUGAAGAUCCUCUUCAAGCUCGGGCUUGCACUACGAGCAUGGGCGACGAUCGGGCUUUGCAUGGUGGGGGUGGCGAUGGUCUACACCAAGUGGGUGGAGCUGCAUCUCUACUUCCUGGUCGUCAAGGAGGCUUUUGUGGAGUUGGAGGCCAUGAUGGUGGGGGAGUCGGCAUGUGCUCCUAUGAAGCCUCAGUCAGAAGGGAGCUCCUCGGGCAAGGGACGUGGUGGCAGCACAGCCGAUGUGCCUUGUCGCUGGUUCAAGAGCGACGCUGGCUGCCGUGCUGGCAAACAGUGCAAGUGGUCCCACAGCUGGGACGGCAUUAGCAAAACGCCAGACAGACUUGUGGCGGCGGUCCAUGCCUGCUUGUGCUUGAUUCCUGCCCUUGUGAUUCUGUCGGGACUGCAUUGCCUGUUCUGCCUGCUGCUGCUGCUGCUGCUGCUGCUGCUGGGUUCUGCCUUGUGCUGCUGGGUUCUGCCUUGUGCUGCUGGGUUCUGCCUUGUCCUGCUGGGUUCUGCCUUGUGCUGCUGGGUUCUGCCUUGUGCGGAAGUGGACAUGGAAGUGGAUGCAAAGGUGGUGGAGGAGAAGCUGGAGGAGAAGGAGGAGGAGGAGAAGGAGGUGGAGGAUGAGGAGGAGGAGGAGGCGGAGGAGGACUGUAAAGUCAAAGGUGGUGGAGGCAAACGGCUGGACGAACCAAAAGGUUCGGGGGGAGGAAGCAGCGCAACAACCAAUGUCAACAACAAGACGACUGGUGCUGCAACUCCUGGGGCAUCAACGACCUCUACAAUGACUCCAAAUCCCAAAAUCAACGAGUUGACAACAUCCACUGCUGCGUCUCCGGGGGAGUUGAAGACAGGCAACUCUGGAGCAGAACCUGCAGAAAUGGUGAAAGGUUUGAAAGAUGCGAUAGCCAUGACUGUGAGCCAGCGGGUUCA